AGUGGAUGCUGCGACUCUCUGACUGCACCGUUAAGCUGAGGGGUCGGUCGGUUAUGUGUACCUACUUAUCACCUGUCAUCCCGGUAAACCAGUCAUAGAUACAGGUCGAUUCUCUUCUGGGAGCCUGUGGAGGAGCCACCACGGCAGCGGCACGCCGGGAGACACUGAACAGCCCUGCUGCCAAGGCUUUGUGGUGCCAUGAUGAAGAAAUUCAGAGAAGUUAUCCUGCUGCUGUUGCUGUUGUCCUUUGUGCCUCAUGCAGAGGGAACACGCUAUAGCCUGCCAGGGAAACCUGCGCUGACCCGAUGUCGUUCUCCUGAAAAAGAGACUUUCACCUGCUGGUGGGAGCCGGGAUCUGAUGGGGGGCUUCCCACUACUUACGCUCUGUACUACCGCAAAGAAAACUCUGAGACGGUGUACGAGUGUCCCGACUACCACACAGCCGGGAAGAACUCCUGCUUCUUUAACAAGAACGACACGUCCAUCUGGGUCAACUACAACAUCACUGUCGUGGCCUCCAACGCUCUGGGCAGCACCUUCUCCGACCCCGUGGAUAUAGACGUGGUCUACAUUGUCAAACCUAACCCUCCAGAGAAGGUAGCAGUGACUGUGAUGGAGGACAAAGGCUGGCCCUUCCUUCGGGUGUCAUGGGAGCCGCCUCAUAAAGCCGACACCCGCUCCGGCUGGAUCACGCUCAUCUACGAGCUCCGAGUCAAGCUAGAGGGGGAAAAUGAAUGGGAGAUGCACCUUGCGGGCCAGCAGAAGAUGUUUAACAUUUUCAGCCUGCGGUCAGGUGGUAGAUACCUCGUUCAGGUGCGCUGUAAACCGGAUCAUGGCUUUUGGAGUGAAUGGAGUUCGGCUUCCCACAUCAAAGUACCCGACUAUUUCCAUCGGGAAAGGUCAGUGUGGAUCCUCAUCACCGUCUUCUUCGCCUUUAUCUUUCUCAUAGUCUCGUGGUGUAUACACAUAAACAGCCACAGCCUGAAGCAUUGCAUCCUGCCACCAGUCCCUGGUCCAAAAAUCAGAGGAUUUGAUAAGCAGCUUCUCAAGAAUGGCAAGUCGGAGGACAUCUUCAGCGCACUGGUGGUGUCUGAUUUUCCCCCAACCAGUUCAUCCAACUACGAGGACUUGCUGGUGGAAUAUUUAGAGGUUUACAUCCCCGAGGAGCAGGAAUUGAUCCUGGAGGAAAGCAAGGAUCUACACGACGGUUGCCUCAAACCAAAAGGCUCUACGUUUGACAGUGACUCUGGCCGGGGCAGCUGCGACAGCCACACCCUGCUGAUGGAUAAGUGUGGAGAAGCAAAGGACGACGGGCGGCAAACAGAUCAGGACGGCAGUCAAACGGGUUCGGAGGCACAAAGGCAGCAGGCGGCCUGGGAGCAGGAAGCGCUGACAUAUGCUCAUGAAGACAUGAUCAGCCCUGAUAUGUCCAGUGGGAGGGUGAAGACCUGGCCUUCGGUGUUUUCUCCACUGCCCCAGUACAGCUUAAGCCCACUUAGUCAACCGAGCUCCCUUGAAACGGCGAAGCAGCACUGCCUUUCUGACAGCCUCUUCCCCCCGAGCUCCUUAUCAUCCUACCUCACUCAGCCUGGCCAAAGCACCAAGGAGGCUCUCAGGUCAAGCUGCUCUGAUUUCUGCUCGAGCAACAAGCAGCCUCUUCUGCUCCAUCCCCAGCCGGACGCCCGACACCAACUCCAGGCUCGCAGUGAUGUCAGCAUCUCCAGCAUCAGCCACAAAGAAGCACCUGCUGGUCUGCAGCUGCCCACUGUUCGAUCCACAGAGUACGUUGAAGUCCACACUGUCAACGAGGAGGAUAUGGUGCUUCUCCAUCCGGUUCCUGUAGGCCACAGCCAUGGAAAAGGCUGCCUGCAGACGCACCAGGGGGAGGACUACAGCAAGGUGAAUGGGGUGGAUAAAAACAAUGUGCUGCUGCUCCAGAGAGAAGUGAUGGAGGAGCAGGUGGACAUGUGCCCUUGUGAGAACAAGGACGCGAAUGGAGCAACAGAAAGCUACUGCACAUCUUCUGCUCAGAAGUCUAUACCUUGCAUUCAUACUGCCCUGCCAGUGCAGGAGGAAAAGGCAGUGAAUGGAUAUGUUGACACGGCCACCAUGUUCCCCCUGCCCAUUCACUAGCUGCUACAUAACUGGCAGGUGCUGGACAUUAAAAGAUGAAAGUUGUAGGCCAGGACUAAGACACAAACAGAAACUGGAUGACACCAACAUACAGUGGUUGCAAAGACAAUGUUUUGGUGUCAAAAGGUAGCCGUUACUUUUCAACUUCUUCUUGUAUGAGAAAGGUCUUUUCACUGAUUACAGUGCAGUAGUCAGGCAUAGCCAGGUCUAUCUCUACGUUGCUGGAGAACGGUCGGACUGCAUUCAACGUCAUUCUGCUAUAGACAACAGAAAUGCUCCAUGAUGCAGCGACGUAGCGAUGGUGUCUUUGCUAAGUCAUGUCUGAAGAGGAUUUGCUUUGGGUGAACCAUGCCAGGGAAAUGAAACUUUCCAUACCCGAUGGACAAACAUGCAUCCGUUUUAGUUGUUCUGCUCUUUGUAGAUCUUUACGACCAUUCACUGUAAGAACCAAGCAAGCCUGCCUUAUUGUAAGAUCCAAGUCUUUGUCAGAACUUGCCAUUUUCAGAGUGUGGGCUACUUUUUCACAGGGCGCUGCUGUUGUUUCUCAUAGCAAAGAGGAUUUAGGAAACAAAGGGAGGAUGGCAGGCUUAUACCCUCCGUCUAUGUCCAGUGAGUCUGAAUAUCUGAUAACAAAUAUCCAAGAAUUUGAGUGAAUGAUUUAAAUAAUUAUCAGAGAAUGUAAUUGAAUAUAUAAAUGAUGUGAUACUACAUGUUAUUCUGAUUAUAUUCCACCAUAAAUCAUCAUUCUCAGGCACGCCAACUUUAAAAAAAAAACAUUUUCAUCAAUAUAUUACUGUUGUUUCUCUUAAAAACUACUUGUGUAAAAUCUAAAUUGCAGAAAACUCAAACAUCAGAUGUUUUUAGUUGUUGCAAUUUUUGUCCAUGUGUAUUUUCCUUCUACCCGGUGAGAAACCCCGACAGAACACUACAUGUUAAAGCUAUUUGUAUAUGUAUAACAUGAGAUCCAGAAAGAAGAAAACUGAGAAAGUGGGACUAAUUUGUGCUGUUUUGUGCUAUUAUAAACAGAUUUUCCUCUGUUUACAUAUAUACUCAUUUAAAAAAGGAGUUAUUUCUAUAAAGACGUUUAGUUUUUGUGCUUGGAAUGCCACGUACAACGUGCACUUUUGUAUCUGUAUAGCUACCCAUAGCAUAGCAGCAACACGUGUAGCUUUAAUGACAGUUUCUAACUGCCCUAAAAUCUUUUUGGAAAGCUUGUCAUGAACAUUAUAUUUAUAAUAAAUUUACAAGGUCCUGUAACAAAAA